AAACCGACCGGUACGUCACUCUCGCGGCCGUAUGCCCGCUCGCUAUACAUAGUUAGCAUCUAUGUCGAUCUUUUCAACAGUGUAUAAUCUAUGUUCCGGGCGCUUCCGUUUUGAGUGUGAAUAGCGUGCGCCCGCGUCUAAAUGUAUUUAUUGUUUAAAAUUGAAAAUUGUUUGUGAUAAAGGAAGAUUAAAAUUCGAAAUUCGAUAUUGGUGACUAACCCAUAGUUUUAAAUACCCCUGAGAUCUACCCCUCACUAUAUCUGGCUGCCCAACGUUUCCUAAUUUUUUUCUUGCUUGGACUAACAAAAUGGCGCGCACGCUUUUGUGAAAAAUUUGCUAACUAUUGUAUGCUGUUGGUGCUUAAUUGUAAAGAAUGCCUUUAACUAGAAAUCAAGAUCGCCAGCAACGUCGCGAAGACGACGUUAUUCCCGCUGCAGAUGCAAAUGCCAACGAAAAUCACGAGGAGCAUGAUAGCCCCCAUGAUCGCCCCCACGCCGAAUCACGUAGCAACAAUUCUACGUUCAACUUGGAUGAUGUUUCAGCGUUGAUGGCCUCGCUGCAACGUUCGCAGGCCGAAACAUUUAAGAACAUUAUGUCGUACGUGAUGGAACAAAGAUCGUCGACUCCGGCACCUCCGCCGAUGCCCCCAGUGAACGUAGAUGGUACCUUGGCGCGUUGCAGAGCUUCUUUCAGCGGUGCACCUGGUGAAUCUGUUGAGGCCUUUAUAGAUGCAAUUGAAAGCUAUACAGAAUGCGUUCAAGUAUCUGACGCUAACAUCAUACGAGGCCUAGCCAUGCUUUUGUCUGCUGAUGCAGCUACGUGGUGGCUAGGAUUAAAGCAUCACAUCUCCACUUGGAACGAAGCCAAAGAAAAUUUAAUAUAUGCAUAUGGCACCCGCCUUCCACCACAUAGAAUAUAUUUGGAAAUAUUUGCUUCCCCGCAGGAUAAAGAAAACACAGACAAGUUUGUUGCUCGUAUUCGUGCGCUUAUGGCAAAGCUACCGCGGGAUGAUAUUACUGAAAAAGUACAACUUGAUAUGAUAUACGGGUUGCUUCAUAAUAGAAUACGCACAAGAUUGCGCCGUGAAGAAAUCACAUCUUUCAAUUCAUUAUUAAACCAUGCUCGGAAUAUAGAAGAUUCGAUAGAGGAGACUCAAUCGAGACCAGUGUCGUCCACUAGUGGUGUGCGUUCGAUCCGUGCCCAGCCGGCCCAGGCUGCGAGUCUGCCUGAACCGUGCGCCGCUCGUGCGAGUACCCCGGCGCCGCGCGCGCGCUUUCCAAACUCCGCCGCGGCCGUCGUGCCCGCCACCGCUGUGCCUGUCGCUGUCGCCCAGCCUACCGUUGCCACGCCUGCCGCUGCUGUGCCAGGUUCUGCAGAGCAAUUCGUGACCACGAAGAAACAGCGUCCAGUGUGCUCCUACUGCAAACGGUUUGGACAUACACGGGAACAGUGCCGUAAGUUAAACAACCGAGGUGAGCAAAGUCAAUCUAACUUUUCCGAGGGUGUGCAAAAUGACAAUAAUGCGUUUUAUAGUGUUCAGUGUAAUGUUAAUAAUACUAACACAAUUAGUUCUAAUUUACCUGUUCAGAAUGCAAUGUAUGAUGUUAAGCAGCAUGACAAAAAUAAUUUUCUGAGUAAUUUUGAAUGUCAAAAUUUUUGUAACCGGGAUGCAAAUAUUAAUUAUGCUACCAUUAACAGAGGCCCUACUUCCAGAAAAUCUUAUUUUCAUGCCUGUAAUGAUUCUGUGUCAAAGAAUAUUAACUGUAAUUGCACUAGUAAUAAUGAGAUGCCAACCUUUUGUGAUUCUCAUGUUUUAUAUAAUCAGGAUGUUCGGACAAAGUGUAAAAAUUUAAAUAUUUGUUAUAACCAGGGAACUAGACCUAAAUGUAAGAACUCAAUUUUACCUUAUAAUCAAAUAAUUGAACCAAAUUGUAAUAAUUUAAAAUUUUCAACUAACCAUGACUGUGACACAAAAGGCAGUAAGUGUAAUUUUGGAAAAAUUAACGAAUGUGUGGAAAUUGAUAAUUGUUUGAAUUUUAAUUAUUGUACAUGUGAGGGAAGUGUUGUAGCGUCCGUGUACGACCGUGAGAGUGAUGAUAGGUAUUUGCAUUUACGGCCUAUUUUCAAAAUUCAAGUUCUCGGUAAACAGGGUACUGCACUUAUAGAUACAGCAGCUAAGCAUUGUAUUGCUGGUCACACGCCGUAUGCUCUCCUUCUGCAUAAGGGUCACCCUCUUACUCCCUCCACUAGGCGAGUCAAACUUGCUGAUGGGCAUGUUCGGAAUAUGGAUGUAUUGACAACCAUAUUACCAGUGAGGUUAGAACACAUAGUGAUUAACAUUCCAUUUAUAAUCUUCCCUGAUUCUAAUGAUAAUGAAACUCUAUUGGGUAUUGAUUUUAUUAAUGCUGCCAAAGUUAUUAUUGAUUUUCAUCGUCAUGAAUGGUAUUUUAGUACUGAUGCUAAGGUGCAUUAUAAAUUACUUUUUGAACCUAUGUCUCGUGGUGUGUGCAUAGCUUCUGCUAACAUGCUUCGGGAUGAUGAAGGCAUGCACUUGCAAUCAGCUGAGCGCCAAGCAUUAUCUGAGUUCCUUAUUCGGCAUGAAAGUAUUUUUACAGCAGGGGGAGGUCCGACACCAUUCAUAGAACAUUGCAUAGACACCGGAGAUCACCCCCCGAUAGCUGUGCCGCCCUAUCGCCUUAACCCUUCCAAGAAGGAGACGAUGAAGAAUGAAAUAGAGAAGAUGCUGGCAGAUGACAUCAUUGAAGAGUGCGAAUCCGCCUGGUGCUCUCCUGCAUUGAUGAUACCGAAGUCCAAUGGUAAUGUAAGAUUCUGCGUGGAUUACAGGCGCUUAAAUGAAGUAACCAAAUCGGAUACUUACCCACUCCCACGCAUUGAUGAUCUUCUCCAGAGUACGAAGAAGAAUUGUUACAUGACCACAAUAGACCUUCGUUCUUCAUAUUGGCAAGUUAUGGUCCGAGAAGCAGACAGAGACAAAACAGCUUUUGUCUGCCCCCUAGGCACUUACCGUUUUAAAAGAAUGCCGUUCGGCUUGAAGAAUGCGCCGGCGACUUUCCAAAGGCUUAUUGAUCGUCUACGCUCCUGUGCUGCUUUGAAGGAUGUUACAGUACUUGCUUAUCUAGACGAUUUGUUAAUUAUUUCAGAAGGAUUCCAGCAACACCUACAAGAUCUGGAAGCUGUUUUUAGACGUUUGUCUGAAUUUAAACUUCACGUAAACAGAGAAAAGUGCACUUUUGCCAAAGAAAGGGUCCGUUAUCUGGGCCACGUCAUCACUCCAGACGGUGUGUCUCCUGACCCUGAGAAGGUCAGUGCUGUCCUUAAUAUGCUGGAACCAUCUAACCUAAAACAUUUAAAAACUUUUCUCCAAACAUGCUCUUGGUUCAGGAAGUUUAUUCCAAACUUUUCAAAGAUAGCAGAACCGCUUACUCGACUGACCAAGAAGAAUUACACAUGGAGCUGGGGACCUGAACAAACACAGGCAUUCAAAGAAUUGAAGCGUCUGCUGACCACGGCGCCCGUACUUGUUCAAGCGAAUUUUAAACAACCCUUAGUACUGCGUACUGACGCGAGCAACUAUGCACUUGGCGCAGUUUUAGCUCAAGGGGAAGGCAAGGACGAAAGGCCUAUCGAGUAUGCUAGCCGCCUACUCACCGCAGCGGAGCGCAACUACUCUACUACAGAACGGGAAGCGCUUGCUGUAGUCUGGGCCGUGGAGCGUUUCAGGCCAUACCUCGACGGCCAACCAAUUAUUAUAGGCAGUGACCACCAACCCUUGCGUUGGUUGCUUUCUUUAAAGUCUCCUGCUGGUAGGUUGGUCCGUUGGGCGCUUAAACUCCAAGAAUUUGACAUCAGAUUCGAGUACACCCCAGGAAAAGCUAACGUUGUCGCUGACACGUUAAGUAGACCGAUCUGUUCCAACGAAACACAAAAUAACUGCGGCAUCUGUUCUGUCAUUUGCGACCUGCCCACCAAGUCACCUACCCAGUUACGUCAAGACCAGUUGACUGAUCCGGAAAUACAGAAGAUCGUCACAGAACUGGAAGGAGUGGAUGAACUUGCUGCUAAAAGAUGGUCAGAAAGAGGAUUUCUAAUGGAACAAGGUGUUUUAUAUCGACUUAAUCCGGAUUCUGAUGCCGAGGCUCCACAAUUAGUCAUUCCUGCCCAUCAAGUGACCGACAUUCUCAAAGAGCUUCACGAUGCCCCUACCGCUGGACAUGCAGGAAUUGACCGGACUUACCAACAAGUCUCACGUCUGUUCUACUUCACAGGAAUGAGAAGAGUCAUAACCGACUAUGUAAAGGCAUGUAUCCAUUGUCAACGCUAUAAGGCUGCUAAUACCAAGCCUCCAGGUCUAUUGCAGACGCCGGUGAUGAACCAGCGCAACGAAGUCUUGGCAGUUGAUCUUUUCGGCCCGUUACCACCUGGAAAACAGGGGGAGCGUUGGAUCUUGCUAAUAGAAGAUACUGCUACGAGGUGGACAGAACUUUUCCCAUUGAAGGAAGCUACUGCUGAGGCGUGUGCACAUGUCCUCAUUGAGGAGUAUCUUAUGAGAUUUGGUCUUCCACGCCGACUAGUUUCUGAUAAUGGCGUACAAUUUAUUUCGGCAGUCAUGCGUCAAUGCAUGUCCAUCCUGGGGAUAAAGCAAAACCUUAUCCCUCUCUAUCACCCAGAAGCAAACCCCGCCGAACGUAAAAACAGAGAUCUUAAGACUUUAUUAGCACAACUCGUGGAAUGUGACCACACUUCCUGGCCAAACAUGUUACCAGUGAUUCGAUUCGCUCUUAAUAACGCUAAAUAUCGCACCACAGGUAUGUCACCUGCUUACUUGUCAUUUGGCAGAGAGAUGAGGUCCCCCACAGAAGUCGCCCAUGACCUUCGUGCUGUUCUAGACAAAGAUAACUUUGUUCCCCAAAUAACUCCCUAUCUCAGGAAAUUUGUUAACUCCUUUUCAGCGGUGCGCGAACGUGUAGAGACGCUUCAAGAUAAAGCUAAAGGGUAUGCUGAUCGUUCGAGACGGCCCAUUGAAACAUUCAACGAAGGUGACAUGGUUCUCAUCAAAUCACACGUCCUCAGUAAGAGCGCUAAGAGCCUUACUUCUAAGUUUGUUCCAAAACGCGAUGGUCCGUAUCGCAUCGUUAAAAAGGUCAGCCCUACUACUUACCACGUCGCGCAUGUUGACAAACCUGAUGAAGUUUUAGGGAAAUAUCAUGUGAACGAUCUCACUCUAUACCGUGAGAAUCAGAGUGAUGCUCUUCCGCGGCCGGUGAUGCCUAAAAAGAAACGUGGUCGUCCCCCAAAUAAUGUUAAAACAGAUUCUCGAGUUCCAGGGCAUAUGACGACACGGCAUGCUGAACCAUGUGCUGAAGCUCCACGUCUUUCUCCCGUAGCUGGUGGUAUGGUUGGUCUUGCGCCUGUCCCUCAGCCCAGUAGUAAUGAGAUGCUAGUCCAGGAGCGAGGGCGUCCUCCAGGACUAGAGGGGGAGUAUGUAGCAAACCGACCGGUACGUCACUCUCGCGGCCGUAUGCCCGCUCGCUAUACAUAGUUAGCAUCUAUGUCGAUCUUUUCAACAGUGUAUAAUCUAUGUUCCGGGCGCUUCCGUUUUGAGUGUGAAUAGCGUGCGCCCGCGUCUAAAUGUAUUUAUUGUUUAAAAUUGAAAAUUGUUUGUGAUAAAGGAAGAUUAAAAUUCGAAAUUCGAUAUUGAUAAAAUGCAUACUUCCGAAACACUGACAUUUUGCAUUUUAGUUUGCUGGGUCGGAGCAGAACCAGAACUUCCGUUAUGUCCAACAAACAUACAAUUUUUACCCCAAAACCUCCCAAUGCACUGCCGGAUGCCAACAAAUUCUGAUGUUUCGACUUUGCCUAAACUCCCAAAUUUGCCGGAAAUACCCACAAUGCCACCUUUCCUUCCCCCAUUUUACCAGAGUCCCCCACCAGAUAGUCAACCACCUCCAAUUCCUAUACCUGUUCCUGGAAUGCCAGCUUUCCCUGGGGCUAUGAUGCAACCGAUGCUGCCACCUCCAAACCUACCUCCACCUGGAGUAGGACCAAUGCAUAAGCUACCAGUCAUAGUUAUGCCGUUUUACUCGCCUGAUCCCUCCUACAAGAAAACAGAAAAAUACAAAAAAAAUAAGAAAAAUGGAAUCAAAAGUAAGCAUCGCAAGAGACGCCAUAGAUAUCACAGCGACACCAGUACUGGUACAGAUUACUCUGAUACUGAUACCGAUACUGAUACAACUGAUAGUGAUGAAAUCUUUACUGAUACAACUGGUUCUGACUCAUCAAGAUCUAGUGAUACUUCUAGAGAAAAAAGUUGGUGGAAUAAAGGUAUCGGUCGAGGUAAGAACACCAGAAGGUUUUUGAAGAGACACAGAAUGAGGAAAAGCAAAAGAAGAAGCAACCAAAAAGAGCUCCUUACUCCAAUACUGCAAUAUGUCACCAAGGAUGGUUACGUAAUAUAUGAAAAGAAAAUAUCUAAAGGCGAAGCUAAAAGUUGGCUCGGUGAAAAAAAAGCAGAAACAUUCGAUGGGAAAGAAAUUGAAGAAAUGAACACAGACAAAGACUCAAGUAUCGAAGACAACAAUGACAUACGAAGAAAGGUCAUUAAAACAGAAGUUGCGGCUGAAAGGUCUGGUCCCAAGAAGCAUUUUCAGAAAACAGGUUCUGUAAAAUCAACAAAAUCACAGCUUCCGAAGUAAUUGUAUUUAUAUUGUUUUGUAUUUUUGUACUAACAAUAAAUUAUUAAAACAA